GCGCGUUUGUAUUGUCAGCGCUGCGGUUGCUUAAAAUUUCAGGUGUUCAGGAUCAGGAUCGGAAUAAGGGUAGGCAGAGAAAAAUAUUCUGGAGCAGAUGGAAACCCUUGAAGAAUCGCUAGAGAUCAUCAGCUCGAGUUGAAAAUAUGCCCAACGUGGACGAGCAGCGGGUAAAAGCCACAAAGCGAGCCGAAACGGAUUUAACAGAGGAGAAGGUUGAUAGCCAGGCGGAGGGUGAGGGAGAUCCCAAAGAGGAGUCGGAGGAGGCCAGCGGCAAGAUCAAGGGCCGUUCCCGAUUCUCUGCGGCUCUGCGAAGCCUCUCCAAGUCGAAAACCAAAAGGGAAAGGGAGCUGGACAAAAGCGCCGACAGGGAGACGAGAAGCGCGGAGGAGGAGGCGCAGGAAACCCCCGGCGAGCUGGAAGACGUGGCCAGCUCCAUAUCCACAGACAGCGGAGCCCUCGGGAAGACCAAGAAGAAGAGCCUGACGCGCCGCCUGCUUCUGGGUGGCCUCAGAAAGACCGGGAAAGCCUCUACAAAGGCGCGACCCCACAGCCUGGCCACCAGCGACGACCUCAGCGUGGAGCACCUGGAGGCCGGGACCCCACCGCUGCCAUCGCCACCCGGUUCACCCUCCUCCGCCAGCAGCAGCACCCUGCAGAUCACCAUCAGUGGGAAGAAGGUGGAGCCUGCGACACCCACCAAGAAGAGCGGCAAGAGCAGGCCCAAGAGCGACACGGAUUACCCGACACCCGCCGCCGGCGAGGAGAAGAAGCAGAGGAAGAAAACCACUACCACCACGGUGACCACGAGAGAUACGAGCAGCAGCACCCGCACCACCAAGCUGGUGGUGGCCAAGAAGAAGCCCCAGAGCCCAGAGAGAGGAGAGACGUCGACAACAGCGCCCCUUAUCACCACCACCGAGAGCUCGCGAGAUACGCCGCCCAGAGAGCGGGCGCCAGCGAAACCGAGUCGCGUUCAGUCUGCCAGCGGCACCGGAGCUGUUCGCAAGUCCCAAUCCUCGAGCGGAUCCAGCAGGAAGCUGGAAUUGAUGCAGCAGCAGCAGCAGCGCGGCCACCGCCUCAACGCCAGACCACUGGCUGAACCAGCGAGUACGGAACCCCAGCCAUCCGGGCCAGAGUCCCAGGACCCAUCCACACCCGAAUCCCCGCCAGCCGCAGACGACGGCAUCUCCUCGGCGGAAAGUGCCCAGACCAUUGCCAAUCCCCCGCCCGUAGUCCGCUUUGCCGUGGGCAGUGCCGUGCGGAGUCCUCUAAGUGCCUACGAAGCCGCCUUGGCCGCCGCCGCCAGUCAACAGCCCAAUUCGAACUCGAGUGACUCCAGUCUCCGGCGACUCAGCUUCGCCCAGCAGCAGCUCAUUCUCGGCGACCACGACAGCAUCGAGGGCAGGCGGGAAACGCUGCGCUAUCAGUCGGUGGCCAGUGAAUAUUCCAACCAGGACUCGGGCUCGGAGGACGAGAGCGAGGAGCAGGCGGAGGCCACGGAGCCAGAGAGCGCCAAGCCCAUGCCGGCCUUCGGUGACCUGACCAUGGAUCAGGAAAUGGAACCGGCCAUAAUGACGUCCACCAGCGAUAAACGCGAGCAUCUGUACAAGAUUCUAGUCAUUGGCGAACUGGGCACCGGCAAGACAUCCUUCAUCAAGCGCUAUGUCCACCAGUUCUUCAGCCAGAACUACAGGGCCACCAUCGGCGUGGACUUCGCCCUGAAGGUGCUCCAGUGGGACGCCAAUACGAUAGUGCGCCUGCAGCUGUGGGAUAUCGCUGGUCAGGAGAGGUUUGGAAACAUGACCAGGGUCUACUACAAGGAGGCGGUUGGGGCGUUUAUCGUAUUCGAUGUGACGCGCAGCGGGACCUUCGAUUGCGUGAGCAAGUGGAAGGAGGACCUGGACUCCAAGGUGCAGCUGCCGGAUGGCAGUCCCAUUCCGUGCAUCCUGCUGGCCAAUAAAUGCGACCAGGAAAAGCAGGGCAUUGUAACGCAGCCGGAGAAGAUGGAUGAGUACGUGAGGGAGAACGGAUUUGCCGGCUGGUUUGAGACGUCCGCCAAGGAGAACAUCAACAUCGACGAGGCAGCCCGCGCCCUCGUGAAUAAGAUACUCAUCAACGAUAAGCUGAUAUCCGCCGAUCUGGCCGAUGGCGACAAGUUCAACCUGAGCUCCGGCGAUGCAACCGGCUCGGAUGCCAAGAACAAGUGUUCCUGCUGACCUGGGACCGAGGUCCGGCUAUUUGCUAUACAUUCCAAUUUCCAUUCCCAGUCUGAGCGCGUCCAGGAGCGGUUUUCUAAGACAGAAACGCAGUGUGCCCACGUCCAUUCCAUGUUCAUGUUGUUAGAAGAUAGCGAUAACUAUGCUUAGGGUUUCAACGUAACAUUUGUCUAGGACUUAGUCUCAUCCGCAUCCCAGCCAUCUUCCCGUCCAUCCAUCAGUUGCCGUCAGUUCGGCUUUAUCUUUAACACCCCAGGUCGUAGAUAAGAGUCUGUGGGUCCGGGUCCACACUCUGACAUCGGGAAUUUAUAUCGUGGCACAUAGCUUACCUACGCAUACGCCCCAUUAUAACUAUCAUUAUUAUCGCCCGUAGCCGCGAGGAUUAGCCGAAGAUAGGGCAGCAUCCGUAUCAUAGCAUUCUACAUUUGUGUAAAAUACGAUCGUGUUCUUGUUUUUGUUUGUUUUAUUUGCCUUUGCUGGCGAGAUUGUUUUAUCUUGGAAUUAUUACUCUCACAUGCAAACACGCUCUGCCAUCUUUAUUUGCAUUUAGAUAACAAUACGUUUUAUGCAAUACGAAAUGAGAAAUAAAGUUUUUAAUGGUAGUUAAGUAAUAAAGAA